UUUACUCGUUCCCGAUUUCGAAAGACCCCGGAAGAGAAAGCUAUGAAAGAAGCGAUGAAGAGGAAGAAGCCAGGUGUGUCGAUAUCAGCUUCGGGGGCUUUUCUUGUUUAUUUGAUAACUGGUUUGUUUCUGGCCGUCGGGUUCUGGGUGGUCCGUGAAAAGUACUCCGUCGAUCUCGUUUCGGAUCCAUCUCUCACUCUGCGUCUCCUAUGGAUUAUUGAGUUCCCGAUCGUGGUAGUCACUUACAGCUUGUUCAGAAUAAACCCAGAGAAAUGCUCGUACGUUAGAGCUAUUGGGCGAAGCAUAAUAGGACUAAUUUCCGGGGCUCUCAUAAAUGCUUUGGGAGCAGUUUCUUUGGGUGCACCUAUUGGACUGCAAUCUCUACCAAAAACAAUACACUGGUCCUUUCUAAUGUCUGUUUUCACGAUUGUACCAGCAACUGCAGUUUUUGGUGCAUCAUGGACAAAUUGGCAUCGCGUGUUCGCUUCACUAAAACCAACCGGAAACGUAGAAUAUAUGAUCUUGAUUCCAACAUAUGGAGCAAUUAUUGGAGGAUGGUUUGGAGCUUGGCCUAUGCCACUUGACUGGGAAAGGCCAUGGCAGGAGUGGCCUAUAUGUGUGUGUUAUGGAGCUAUAGGAGGCUACAUUGUUGGGCAAAUUUUCUCCUUGAGUUUGAUGUUAUAUGUCAGGAAACACAAGAAUUUGAAGUUAGCCUAGAAUAGAUCAAUCCCUGGGGAUCUGCAGAAUGAGUUUCAUUUUGUUUUGACUUGAUUGCUAGAUUGAGAGACAACAAUAGGGCUUGGAUUUUUUUGUCAGCUUGAACAAAAAUUUCUUAUUUUCCCACAUAGAAUCAAGUGUUCAAGAAUUGCAAUUGCAAAAUUUUAACGUCAA